AUCGUAGUCUUUUAGUCUUUAUAAUAAGUCUGUGGUGCGAGUGCGACAGUGGAGUUUUGAUUUGUUUGGAAACAAAAAUGGAGACACAUUUUGACAGUCUUCCUGUUGACAUACUUCUUCACCUUUUCAACUACAUGAAUGAAAAAGACUGUUUAACCUUUUCGAUCUCAGGGGUGUCUGACAGAUUUUCAUGUCUAUGGGGAGAAAGAAGAAACCUAUCAAUCCAUCAGUGUUUUUUUGUCACCCAUAAUUCAUUUCGUAAAUAUCUUAGUAGAUGGGUUUGCCCGGAAAUGUUAACAAGUCUCGAUACAAGCCACUGUUAUUGGCUGCCAAGUGACUUUUUAUUUGACGUUGUAACUUCAAUGAGUCACUUGGUAGCAUUAAAAAUUCAAGAUACCAAGCUUAACAUGUCACAUCUUUGGCAGAUAUUUAAAAGCUGUCAUCAUAUUGUAAAACUUAGUAUUAGCUUGUCGGAGUAUGAUGAACCUAUUUUUGAUAAAAUGAAAGAAUUUGAAUCACCAUCUCUUCAAACAUUAUCAAAUGGUUUCUCAAAACUGACUCACUUAAAAAUCCUUGCAUUCAAUGGUGCUUAUUAUACAGACUCUUGGCUUUUAAUCCUGCAGCUAUUAAGUUAUUGCCGAAAGUGUGUGGAUUUGCACCUGGAAAUUGUCUAUAGUCAUGAAGAUGUGUCUGAGGCAUUAUUAUGUGGUCAUGAUGAAUCCGUCAAUCGUGCUAGAGACGAAUUUUUCCCAAAUUUGAGUUGGAUGGCAUUAUUGAAAAAUUUUAUCAUUUUGAAAAGGGGUGAAACUAUAAUAUGUCAAGACUUAUGUGUCAAGGAGCUGGUCGAAUGGGUAUUUUCCCAUUAUGACAUGAACUGCAUUGAACGUGUUUGGAUAAUGGAAAAUGAUGGAAUCAUGAGUUAUAUGAUCCCUUCAGAAAGUCAACUAAAAUCAAUUUUAUGUUGCAAUGAGCUGUCAAGUUUUGACUGCGACGGCGAUGGGCCAUUUAAACAGUUGCAACACAUCGGUGGUAGGAUUGGGCUAGAACACUGGGGCGGGUUGUUGCCUAACCUUCGCUACGUUUAUGGCUAUUGCAUCAGUUCACAAGGAGUUGACGAAUUGUGUAGAGCACAUCCAAAGUUGGAACAUUUACAUUUGGAUGACAACGAUGUUAAAUAUCCUUUUUGUAUGAAAGCUGACUGGAUGUUGAAUCAUUUAAAGACAUUGGUUUACACUUGCGGUUAUCCAAUAAUAGGUAGUGCGUUUUUUUUACCCUAUACAAUUCUAAUGCUCCUUUUUACGCAACUGCAAAGUUGCGCGUUAUUUUUCUUUAUCUUCUCAGAUAUUUUAGAACCAUUUCUGAAAGCCGCUCCCAAUCUUGAAGUGCUUCAUAUUGGUCUUUCAAAUCGAACUGCUCGUUCUCCUUGGACUACCGUAGAACCUCCUAACACUGAUUUUUUGAAAACGAUAUCACGUUGUGGCCGAUUGACUACGUUAAGGUUAAAUGCUUUCAAUUUGUUCGAAGGAGAUUUCUUUGAAACGAUAUUCAGUAGCUGCCCAUUACUUCGAAAUCUUCAUAUUUGCGGUGGUCUUACUUGCGCUAAAUCCUUCGAAAAUCUUUGUCGGUACUUACCUCUGGCUGAAAAGUUGCGAGAUUUUAGAUUGCAGUACGACUACGACUCCGAGUACUUAGGAGAAAACCCGAAUCGGGCCGUACUGAAUGCUCUUCUCUAUUCUAAAAGAUUGGAAAGAAUUGUUCUCUACGAGGAGGUGGAUGACGGCUCAAAAUUUCCGUGGAAAAGUCAGGAACUGCAAGACGUUCUAUUCAAAUUUGUAAGCAGUAUGCCAGAUCUCGUCUGUUUCUGUUUCAUCACGGCAUCAGAAAUCGAACCAGGAACGGUUGCCGAACUGAAAAAGAAAUUUUACGAGUUGAUUGUCCCAAUUCGACCGGCCUUUUGGUGCCAUGUUCAAAGUUACUCGCUUCCCAGUGCAUGGGAUCCCACAGUCCCUCGAAUUCAUUAUGACGAGAUUGUAUGCCCUAUCAACUACUUGGUUCCCGAAUUUUGAUCGUAUGUUUCAAAUGUACUUAGGUUUUUCAAAUUAUUCAGGUAAAUUUGCGCAUGUUAAUAAUUUGUAUUUUGUGUGGCAACCCCGAUUUGUUUUUGUUUGUUUUUCUUGUCUGCUAUAAUUGAAUAUUGAUUUUGUUAAGUUGGCUCAGUUUAUUGCAGUCACUCAGUUUCACAAUACAACACAGUGUGAAAUAGUCAAAA